CAAGUUGUUUGUUACACUGUAACACCAGCUGCUUUCUGCACUCUGGAGCUUUUGCUGCCUCUGAGCUCCCUUAACUCCUUUUGCCUCUAGUCCCUUGCUUAGCUUCCCCCUCUCCCCGUUUUCUCUCGCUUUAGAUCUCUUUCUAACUUUCACAUCGGUUUCUCCCACCCCCCCCCCGCUCCCUCCCCUUUCCUGGAGUCUUAAAGGGGGAGAAGAAGAAAAUUAAUUUUUAAAAAAACCUCCAAUUAAAAAAAAAUUAUUAAUAAUAAAAAAAAUUACCCCCAACAUAGAUGAACUACAAAUGAGAAAAAGGAAAAGAUGGAGCUGCACAUUUUAGAGCACAGGCUCAAAGUAGCCAGCAUAGCCAAGGAGAGCAUCCAGUUGUUUACCUAUGGAUUAAUCAAACUUGCUUUCCUUUCCUCCAAGACCAGAUGCAAGUUCUUCAGUCUCACGGAAACGCCAGAGGAUUAUACGAUCAUUGUGGAUGAGGAGGGGUUUCUAGAGCUCCCUUCAUCAGAACACUUGAGUGUGGCAGAUGCUACCUGGCUGGCUCUCAAUGUGGUUUCAGGCGGAGGCAGCUUCUCCAGCUCCCAGCCCAUCGGGGUGACCAAGAUUGCCAAGUCAGUAAUAGCGCCCCUGGCUGACCAAAACAUUUCUGUGUUCAUGCUGUCCACCUAUCAGACCGACUUCAUCCUGAUACGUGAGCGGGACCUGCCCUUCGUGAUGCAUACGCUGGCUGCUGAGUUCACCAUCCUUAGGGUCGUGAAUGGGGAGACAGUGGCUGCUGACGACUUCGGGAUAACGAAUGGGUUUGUCAAGCCGAAAAUGGUUCAGAGGCCUGUUAUCCAUCCUCUUUCCAGUCCCAGUAAUAUGUUCUGUGUCACCAGCCUGGAUCCAGAUACCCUUCCAACUGUCGCUACACUCCUAAUGGAUGUCAUGUUUUACUCCAAUGGAGUAAAAGACACAGUGGUGGGCAGUGAAGACUCUGGACACAUUCGCUUUUUCUCCUUUUCUCUCAUUGAGGGUUACAUCUCCUUGGUGAUGGAUGUACAGACACAGCAGAGGUUUCCUAAUAAUUUGUUGUUUACAAGUGCAUCUGGAGAACUCUGGAAGAUGGUUCGGAUUGGCGGGCAGCCACUUGGCUUUGAUGAAUGUGGAAUUGUCGCUCAGAUUUCUGAGCCUUUGGCCGCCUCCGACAUCCCAGCCUAUUACAUCAGUACUUUUAAGUUCGAUCACGCAUUGGUACCUGAAGAAAAUAUAAAUGGCGUAAUCAACGCACUCCAAGUCAGCCAAGCCGAAAACCAUUAGACAUCUUCUGAGCUGGUUGCAGAUGCUUUUUUAUUAUUAUUCCUUUUCUCACAGUAUUUCUUGAAAAUCUGACUCCAAAGAGAGAAAUUGAGGUGCCAUGAAAAGAGACUGUGAACUGAUGAGCAGAAAAGGAGCUCCAACAAGCUUUUUUUUUUUUUUCUUUCUUUCUUUCUUAAAAGUGGGAGGGCGGAGAGUUGUUAUGAUGGUUUCUUGACAUUAGACUCCAAAGCAAAAUGCUUUCUUGCUAUUUUGGUGUGAAAGGAAUUGCAGGUAGAGAUGCAGCCUCUCAUUGAAAUGCAGAGGUAUAGACAGGUUGCAUACACAGCAGCUUUAGGGAGAGCUUCAAAGCAACACCUGAGGCGGGAGAGCUGGGUUUUUUUAGCAGAGAGCAUGAAAAGCAUAAAGGAAAGAAAUGUGGAAUUAAAAGGAAAACAACAUGUUGAACUGUAUUGCUCUUUCUACUAGUAUCAGACUGUAUAAAAAUGGUAACAAUCCCUUAUGAGCUAUGUUCAGAUUGGAUACUGUUUUCCUUCACAAUUCAAUGUUGUGAGAGAGUGGGAAAAAAACUCUUUUUUUUUUUCUUCUGCAAUUCAGAAUUGACUGCACAGAGAAAAUUGCAGCAUGGUUCUUUAUUAAGAGCUGUCUUCUGCUGAUAUGUACUUCAGGGGCCUGUGUGAGCCAUUGGAGUUAUGUAUAUUAACUCCAUUUUCCACAGUCCCCGAACAUCCUCUUGCUACAAUGUUGUGUCCAGGCAUCCUUCCAAGCCCAAGAAAGUUUGCCAUUCUCUGAUGUCUGUUAUCUCAUGCCAUCCUUUCCCUUUUCCCCGAUCCCUAAACUCUUCAACACAUAGGGAUUGAGGAUGGUUGUCAUGAGACCCGCUUGCUUAACCAGCCUCGUAGAUCCAGGUGAUAUACGCUCAAAUCCACUCCCUUCCAUUCCUACUGAGCCACUCUCACUCCCUGAUGCUUUCCGCCACAUCUCUAUUCGCAAGGGUAAGGAAGCAUCCGAAAGUCCUGAACUCCUGGAGGCAGCACUGGUUUUAUCAGUAUAACUCAGGGCUCUGUCGCCUUUCUACACCCACUCAUGGCCUUCUGCAUCCAAGGCUCUUGGUGAAUGUGUUGCCAUCCAGCAAAACAGUUGGCCAAGAACUGUGUUUUUGCCCUAACCAGGGGGUGUUGAUACCCAGGCCCUUGAGGUUCUAGUUAUUUCACCUGCUACCUAAUUUCUUUGAUGAAACAUGAUUCUGGCUUGGUUUGGUUUGGCUGCAAAGCUAAGUUCCAACCCAGUGGGAGUUUUUUCAUUGACUUACUGGCUUUGAAGCAGGCCCUCAGUGCUGUGUAUUUAGAAAAGACACCGAGUUCUACAGAAAUGUGCUGAAACAUUGACCUGGUUCCUUAUCCCAGUAUUACCAACUCUUUUGGAGGAAAGUGAUGUUGGUCUUUAAUACAGAGCCCUACCGCCUGCAGUCCUGCCGGGAGCUGCUUACAUUUUGACAGCCCCUUGCAAAAGAAGCGAUGAGCCAGUGGGAAUGAAACUCAGUAGCCCAACAUUUUACCUGGUGCCAUGCAUCUUCUUCAGCCCACUUCAGAACUGACCCACGGUCAGGACGGGGGUAAAGCCAAUGGUGAGCAUAGAGCAGGGAGGGCAAGCAUUGCACAGGAGUCUGCAAUGAAUACACCUGAAAUGCCGUAUGUCCGCAACAACCCCUACUCUGGUGAGACUCAAGUUCUGUGAGGAGGAAAGCCACAUUCAGAGAUCUUGUUUUAUAGGUGGGAAACUGAAUUUCCCUGUAUCUUUUAACCUGUUUUACCUCUCCCCUACACUUUUUUUUUUAAUUAAGAAAUUGUGGAUUUUGUAGCUUUAGUGAGGAUUUACAAUCCCAGUGUAACUUGAGAGAGAACCACCUACUCAGACCUGCAUCUUGCAGAUUUUCUCCAGGCAUCUGUUCCCAACCAGUACAUAUGACACACACACACACACGUGUGUGUGUGUAUGUUUAUGGUGCACACCUAGAUACACACAUGCUGCUUACUUGUCAUUCAGAUUACACAAGGUUUGGGGAGGACUAGGUAUUAAGAGCUUGAUGUCUGGUUUAUCAGAAAGCUCGCUCUAGCCCUGAUGUUGCAGGGCCCACAAAGUUAAUGGAGGAUCCUUUGGGGAUUUUUUUAAUCAAUCUGUUGAACAGUUAAUGGAACUAAAGCAUCUUUAGGCAAUGACACGGAUAUCUUUCCUUUUUAGACCUUAAUUCAGUCCACCAUCCCUAUUUCAUUAAGUGCUUCACUUUAAACGCCUGCAUUGACUUAAGCACAUGUUCAUGGUUAAGCACGUACUUAAGUGCUUCACUGAACUAGGGCCUAAACAGAACAUUUUGGUUUCCCUUUAGGCAGCUUUUCAGCCGCCCCAUGGAGAACUAUAGUAACUCUCGACUUUGGGGGUUAAUGCUAAUUACUGUUAUGACACCCUGUGUCUCUGGAUAUUUGCUCGAAAAGCUGCUUUCCUCAUGCUCUUUUGCAGCAUAUACACAGACUUGUUCUCAAGUUGUGUAGUGUGAUUUUUUUGUUUUAAAUAUCCCACCUACUGAAGGACUAAAAUUGGUAUACAAAAUAGUUCUAUGGCUAAAGAGCUCAAGAGUCAAACCACAAGUCCCAACUGAAGCCUGACUGAGCUGUUGGAAUGUUACGGGGGUUUGUUUCAUUAUUUUUCACAGUACAGAUGCUGUAGGGUUUUCAUCCAUUGGGACAGUGGAUGUGUCCCUUUGUGGGACUAUGGUUUUAUUUAGCGAUGCAUAGACUCCUUGAAUGAGAUCCAAACUGCCAUGUACUACUUGUCAUCCAAGGUUUUUGAGCAGUAGAGCUGCUGACUUUUUUGCAGUGUUGCGCUAGAAAAUGUUGCUCCUCAAGGGUAUUAGCUAUUGGAAAACUAUUAUUAAUUAGUUUACACACUGGAGAGCAAUUUCAUUUGUUACCCUCUCCGUGUGAUAUUGCUGCUUCCUAAGGACAAAGAUGUUUAUAUGAAGGGAUGACUUGAAAUGAGCAGCAAGUUUACUGAGCCUUAACAGAAAGAGAAAAAUAAUGAUCUUGUUAUAAUUGUUAUUUACACUGUACACACAGGCUAUUCUAGAUGACAAUUUUUUUUUUCCGAGGGAGAGGGCCUUAAGUUUAUGAUGUUUACGGAUGUCUCUGGUGUGCUUUAAAACAGUCUUCACAAGGCAGGUCGAUAUGCGGUAUAAAAAUGUUAGCCUGGAAAAGUGACGUGAUGUGGUAUGAUAUUGAGUGAAGUAUCUCUAAAAUUGCCAUAGGAUUAGCUGUUUUUUUCCCCUCUCUUUUUGUCUUCAUAACCCCAGAAAACCUCGAUUGUUUUGGACAACUGUCUGAAUAAUUUGACGUGAUAGCUAAGGAGCCUUUGAAGAGCCAGUGCAAUAGGCAAGUUGCACCCUGAUGAUGAGAACUAAGCUGUAAUUUACAGCUUGGGGAAUCAGAUUUGUGCUAACUCUGAUCAAGUUAAUGUGCUAAAAUUAGCCAAGUAGCCAAGGCGGUGCAAGUGGCAGGAUGGGCUUGCCACCGGAGUACGUAUCUAGGAUUUCAGCCGGGAUCUUACUCAAGGCAGCUAGCCUGUCCGCUGCUUCUCCAGCUUCACUGCUCUUUGUCGCAUGCUAGCUUGACCAGCGCUGAAGUGGGUGUGUCAAGCCAAGCUGGACACAACGUCUCCAGCACCAGUAUAGACGUACCCUAAGAAACUAGUAAAACAACCAGGUUUGGUGCCAGGAUGGCGCCUUGAACACCCUAGAACUAGUUCAAGAUGUGAAUGGGAUCUUGAUGGCUUCAGCAUAUCUCCCUAAUUGGCUUGACCCAGGACCUCAGACCCAAAUUUGGAGAGAGUUCAGAUUGGGAUCCUGCACUGGCCCAUCUCUAGCUGGUACAAGGGCUAUGCGUUGCUUGUAUGUUACAGCAGCUGUUAACUCCGCAGGCUACGCUUGCUGGGUGGGGUGGUAACAAGAGGGGGAUCCCCUGAACCAACAUGUCAGAGCUUUGUUUAAAAAAAACCCAACCCCUUCAGAAAACUCUUUCUUUUAGCACCUGAGGAAAUCCAAGUGGAUGUACCUUCCUCUCAGUGCUGACCCCAAGCUACGCCACGUACUCCAGUGCUGUGCGUUUUGGAGCCCUGCUGCAGAACCCUUUCCCCUCCAGCAUUGCAGAACCCUUAUGCAAGGGGCCGAGCAAGGAAAUUCAACACACUCUGAACGUGUUCAGGAUGAGUGGAAUCGCAGCAGUGGGGUAAGGAAAAGAAUCCUUUCCUGGGUGUGAUCUGGAUUGCCACAUCCAUUUGGCCCUGUUGCUGCCCCUGCAGUCUUUAGCACCUGAUUUUGUGCAAAAAAUAUAUCUUUUUAAGGGUUGGGUUUUUUUAAAAAAAGCCUUGGUGUGUCUGUAAGAAUCGGUGGAAUUGCACUAUUCCUUUAACAUUACAUAUAUGAGGGAAGAGUGGGAGAAAAGCGUGUAAGAGUGAUUCUGUAUUCCUUCCGGUGUUCUGCAUGAAUAAAACCAUGGCUCUGCCUUUUACCCGCCAGGUCUGAACCUAACUGCGUGAGGCUCUCUCUGACCCUUUUGCUGUGGAGUUUUAUUCAGCUGUGGUUGCUGAUCCAGUUGGGUUUUUGAAGCUAACAUUACCUGCAUGGAAUCCUCUUCAUUUCCUCCUCUCCUGCUCCCACGCUGGUUCUGUUGCACAAAAAUUCAACCACCACCAAAAUGUUUAUGCGCAUCUGUUUCUAAAAGGGGGCAGGGGAGAAGCAGUUCUCAGUCUCCUUCCUUAUUUCUCAGAGGCCUUUUUUUCUUAGUUACACACAUCAGAGAUUUAUAUUUCUAUGUAGCAAUGACUAAUUUUUGUCAUUUUUCUAUUGGAUUUCAGCUGCAGAUUCUUUUUCACUGUGCAAGGGUGCGAGUGUGUGUGUGUGUGCACAGUCAUAUAAAUGUAGCGUGUUUACAGAGAAAUACUAGUAUGUAUCUAUUGUACACAUGUUUAAACACCUGUGUUUUCUGUUUUUAUGGAUAUAUACUAUACAUAGCAUAUAUACUUGAGCAAUAUAGGUUAAUAUACUGUGUGCAUGUGUAUAUUCUAGAUACACACUUAGCGUGUGUAUAUGUAAUAAUUACUGUAUACACAUAUACAUUCACCAUAUAUUUUUAAUUCAAGUAUAUAGGCAAUAUGAAUAUUUAGAUAUGUUGUCUGAAUUUCUCAAACAUUUUUAGAAAAAGAGAAGCAGCUAAUGAAGCAGUGGCUUUUUUCACUUGUAGGCAGAGACCUUUUAAAAUGUCCAGGUAAAGUAUCUGCAGGCUGAUCUUGGUUUUGUCAGUUACAAAAACACUUCUUUCCUUUUCAGUUUGCUGUUUUGGGUGGAAGGCUUUCUAGAAAAGAUUGUGUGGUUUGUUUUAAUUGCUGCAUUGAAUUGCUUUCACAAGUAAAAUGUGAAAGUUGUGUUUCAAAGUGCCUGUUCAACCCCCCGAGUCCAUGUGGCGUAGAACAGGGCAUCCACCCAAUUGUGUGAAGAAGUGCAGGACUGGGGUCUUGAUUUUAUUUUAUCUUUACGAGUUUAUAAACAAUUUUUGCUUAAAAGUAACCAGGCAGCUUUCUAAUUUCAGCCUGUAGGAGGAGCACAGUCUGGAAAACUGUGAAUGAAAACUUGUGACAACCUGCUGCCUUUUGAGCCUGUGUUGACUAAAAAGUCAGUCAGUUCAGUGUGAAAUUCUCACAGCACUCUGUGCUAGUGCACUUGUGUUUCUUUGCUGGUGCUUGGGUUUUUUUAACUGGAUUUUAUCAUAAAGGGUUUAGCUUCUUAGAAAUAGGCAGUUUGGGGGAGAUCUGGCUGCUGCUGACUUAAUGGCAUAACAAGUUGCUGCUAAUACAGGUGUUGCUAUUUAUUAGAACGUUAGUGUUCAUUGUCCUGAUUGAAGGUUCAAUGCAUAAUUUUAUAACAGGUUGAAGUAGUAGGAGGGUUUUUUUAAAAUAAGAAUGAAAAAUCUUGAUGUGGUAUUUGAAAGUUUGUUGUUCUUGCUCUCAUUAUCAGAAUCUCCUGACUCCCUGGAGUGGUGUUUGUAAGAACCCAGAUGGGAAAGGUACUCUUACCAAAAACAUCAACCAGUUUUAUUUCCUUGCUUCUGUAAACAGAUCCUGUCUAAACCACUUUGAGCUACCAACAUUUGUCUGCCCCGUAAGUGCAUAAUUGGAUGUCCUUUUGGAGGUUUGGAUGUCUGUCUUCUUGCAUCCUUUAAGAAACAGGUUUGGCUUUUGAAUAAUCCUGGAUUGUUGGUGUCUAACUCAAGAUUGUUAUGGGAUUAUCUCCUCUUUUCCUUCCUGUUGGAAGGUUUAGUUCAAGUCUCCUAUUUUGUAUGGGACUUUGAGGUUUCGGAAUCUGUGGUAGGCCUUGUUAGAAUUAGGAUCAUCUUAAUGGAAGUGUGGUUUCAAGAGAGUGAUUCUCAGGCAGCUAUUUCCAAUGUAUCUAAUUUUAUUUUCCCUCCUAGUUUAGUCUGACUAUUCCCAGGGGCAGCCAGAGAAUGUUGUUGAACAGAGAUGAACUGGGCCUUCUCCCUAACAAAGAACGUGCUGAUGUCAGACCGUGCCAAGGGGAUGCAAGUGAAGUCCAGCAGCAAUUUACUCUUUAGGACCUGCCAUACAAAACACACCGGGCUCUUCGAGGCACGUUGUAGAAGAGAAGUGUUACUGGAAGUGAGGAUCCCUGGAGCCAGUGAAACCAUCCUGGAGUCAUUAAUCAGGUUCAGUUUAUCUAGAAUCUUAGAUUUUAUUUUCUUGGCUCUUCAAGGAACAUAAGGGUGUCAAGUAGGGCUCCCUAAGCAUGCUGUCUCUGCAGCAUGCUUUUGCUAGAUAGUAACUUGGAGAGUCACCACAAACCUGGGGUCAGAUUCUGAUACCGUAAAACAGUCACGUUAUCGUUACUCCACAAAUAAUAAUAAUAAUUGAGUAGUCCCAUUGAAGCCAAGGAAACUAUUUGUGGUGUAAAGCGCUAAUCAGCGUGAGUGAUCAGCAUUUGGCCCUGAAAAAUGUACCAUUUUUGUCGUCUUAAAUCUUCCAUAAUACAUGAGCAUUUUUUGCUCCUGCAGAUGUAGAUGACAUCUGGUGUUAAUUGAUAGAGCACCAUUUACUUCAGUGUAGACCUGGCAACUUGUGACAGGUUGGGGGCCUGACCUGGGAUCUUCCUAGUCCUUUUGGAACCCUCAUGUCAAUGGCAGUAGUUUCACACGCAGGUCCUGGCCCCACACUCUACCCAAGAUAAAUCAGAAGUGAAUGCAGCUGCCAGUGUAAACCCAUUGCAGGUGAGAUCAGAAUUUGGCCCUUGAAUCAAUAACCAGAAUGAAAGCAUGUACUGGAUGGUUUUAGGUCAGGCAGUGUGUGUGUGGGGAGGAUCCCUGUGGGUGAUAAAUGGUGUCAAGGAUUUGUUUCUGACUCUACAAGGCAGGUGACGGAUCUGGGCAUCAGGGUUUUGCUUCUGUCUAUGCAGGGCAGGUGAGGGCUCCUGGCAUCAGAAUGUGAGGCAUUGUUGAGGAGCAAACAUGGAAGAUUGGUCCCUGUUGCGAGUGAGGCUGUCUCACAGUUUGCAGCAAGGAGAGGUGAGGUGAGAUGCAAAACUGAACAAUGCAAAAGAAAUAAUUUUGGUUGUAUUACUCUUGUGAAAAGAACAAAUAUGUCUUUGGUUUAGUCACGAAUCGAAGCUGAAUUGCAUUUUUUUUAAGACAAGCUUUCCCCUCCCCCCCAGUGGAGACCCCAGUCAGAAUCAGGUUGUUUUGUCUCUCAGAGCCAGCCUUGAGGAGAGAGAAUUAGCCCACCCGAAAGUGGAAACAUUGAAUAAAUCGUUCCAAUGCUGCAAACUCUUUCCCAGGAAAAGCCUCAGAGCGUCUCUGAGGUAGGAUCUGGGUCACAAACUCUAGUGCCUACGCAGAGCAUAUUGCAGGAUCAGGGCCUCAGUUAAUAGCGUUACCUCAGUAGUCUUCUGACCAAAGUAGAGUGGGGGGUUGGCACACUAGUUUAGGUCAUGGGACUUGAGGGGGAGGAGAGAGAGCUCCCUCAGAUGGAUUUGUUUUCUAUCUGAUUGCCCCUACUCUCUUUAUCAGGUGGGGUAUUUUUUUUUUGAGGGACAAUCCCAUCCCUCCUGCCUGUGCAUUGUCUUCCUGAAAAGCAGAACCUUAAAAACAGAGUGAAGAAGGCAGAGAUGUGGCAAGUAACAUCUCAUGCCCUGUAGGCCACGCUUUCAAGAGCGCCUCAUUCAACAGCUGAGCAAUGUUAUGGGAAUGAUGGAAAAUGUAUGUUGGGGAGAUGGCCCUGCUAGCCGCUGGAGUGAUUGCGGGGGAAAUCAUAGACCAGCCAAGUCCAAACUUCAGCAGCUGGCCCAAACAAACAUGUCUCCUAGAAGAAUUCAUUGACGGACAAGAAGCCAUUUUCUGGGGGAGCUAUAUUUUUUUUUAUUCUUAACGGAGGUGAAACAAAACUCGGACCUCAAGCCCACAAUGACAGUGUCAGACUUUAAUGACACGCUCCUGUUUAGCGAAUGGGCCAUACCUCUCCAGUGUUCUCUAACACUACCCUUGGAGGUCAUGUAUUUAACGCACCAGCUCUCAAUGCCGGAUGCUGUAAACCUUUACUCACAUGAGUAAUUAACCUUGAUGGCUCCAGUAGGAAUAGAGGGCCAGGCCCGAGCUCCUUGGUGGGCCCAGGCCUGGUGGAUGGAAUUUUGAACUGUGGGGACCCUGAAAUCCUGUUUCUGGGUCUGAGGCAAAGAAACCUGAGAGUGAGGCUUUGUGAAGUGGGCUUUGUGUCGGACUCUCCCAACAGCUUGAUUGGCAUCAGGGUCAAUGUGCUUCAAACAGCUUGACCCUAGACUGCACUUGAGAACUUUCAUUCGGAUGGGCUGUUUUAAUGGACUGACCAGGCCAAUUCUUAGCUGAGCAUUUUGGGACAGACUCUGGUGUGGAACUUGAGAGAACCCCCUUGCAGCCAGAGAUUUAUGCUAGUGUAAACUCUGUUGCAGUUAGCAGAGUUACUCCAGAUUUACCCUACUGUAACUCACAUCAGAAUCUGGCUCUUUCCCUAGGGCCCUUUGCUGCUAAUGGCCAUUUUAUUCAUGUUUUGACUUGCUUGAACAGGGCACUGAUCACUCUUUUUCUUGAAUUAAAAAAUCCAACCCUAGUCUGAAGUAUUGGUAAGCAGACUGAAGCAGAUCAUAGUCAGGAGGCUGUUGUAUGGCUCAGGUUUUCUGGCAAAUAACCAGAUCAGAACCGUGCUUGGUCCUAAGCCUUGCCGAUCCUAGGACCUCCGGCCGAUCACCCUUCCCACCUUGUGCUUCAUUCAGCACAUUUGGAAAAUUGGAGAUUUCAAUGAUGUUUAUCCCAGAGACUCCUUGAACACAUGGCACUUGAGCUGAACUUUCCUCUGUAACUUAAUCAUAAGUAUCAUACGUUCAGGCCCCAAAUGGCAUCUGAAUUUCUGGCAAACGCUCCUGGUGCUGAAAGCAAAAUUGUUGCUGUUAUCUUACAGUGGGGUGUGAGGGGCUGAGGGUGUGAAAAGAAACAUUUGGUAACACGGCUUUGUUUAUUUCCAUAGUGUUCUGUCUUUGCUAGUGUCAUGCAGAUACAGGAAGUUACAAAGCCAUUACUUAAUUGGAACCAUCUUUCUUUUUUUUUUUAAUUGAGAUAAAUUACGUGAUGGCUUUUGUUUUUUUUAAAAAAAGCAGAAAGCAGCUAACUUAGGAGGCAGUUCACCCCUAUGCAAGGGACUGAGACAACACCUGUGUUCCCUGAGACUUCAAUCCUGCACAGAUUGAUGCACAUACGCAUGCUGCGUGACAGUGGGGCUGUUUGCAGCACGCAGAAUUACGCCCAUGUAUCAGUCUUUGCUAGAUUGAGGUGGAAAGGCUUCAGUCAGAUUGAAAUGGUUGGUAGCCCUUGUGCCAGUCCUCUGCACAGAGAUGAAUUUCACCCUGUCGCACUGCAACAGCAGCGAAGGAUCUCGUUCUUGUACGAAGCAUGGAGCUGGAAGAUGGGAUGGUUUUGCUUUACAUGGAGACUGCACAUGCUUAUUUUACUUGCUGGUCUUUUGCUGAAACUCAAGAUUUAUUGUACUGUAUGGAAAAGAGAAAAAA